GUUCCCGGUUACUGCCUCAACCUCACCUUGCCGUCGGGGACCACCAGCCGCCUCUUCCGCGCCGGGAGGACGCGCAGCUGCAGCCUCCGCCGAGGGCAAGGGUCUACGCACCCGGAAACCCCAGAAGUCUGUGGCCUGGUGUGGCCCCUGCGGCCAACAGGCUCGGCUUGAGCUUCAGGGAGCUUUCGUUGUUGGACUACGUUUCCCACAGGCCCCAGGGCUGCGGAUGAACUUUGACCUUUGCAUCUCUUUCCGGUGUUUUGGUUAUUGAGUUAAGCCUGACUCGGGCCAGACUGCGGGAGGAGCUUGCGGUGAAGUGUCGCCGCGCUGCCAGGCGAGGUCAGUCCACGUGGAGCCGGGAGCCUCAGGCCUCUUUCUGCAAGUGAAGGCGCCCUGAAGUGGAAGACAGCAUUGGUACUAAUGGCCAGCUCAAGUUUCAUUGGGGAUCGUGUCUAUGGAGCUCCCCAUGCUGUCAUGCCAGAAGUGGAAUUCCCUGACCAGUUCUUUACAGUUCUAACCAUGGACCAUGAACUGGUGACACUCAGGGAUGUGGUCAUCAACUUCUCUCAGGAGGAAUGGGAAUAUCUGGAUUCUGCUCAGAGGAACUUAUAUUGGGAUGUGAUGAUGGAGAACUACAGCAACUUACUCUCACUGGAUUUGGAGUCCAGGAAUGAGACUAAGCAUUUAUCUGUAGGAAAAGACAGUAUUAAAAACACUGGUUCUCAGUGGGAGGUAAUGGAAAGUAGCAGGUUACGUGGCCUUGAAAGUUCCAUUUUCAGAAAUGACUGGCAAAGCAAAAGCAAGAUUGAAGUACAAGGACCUGAAGUGGGAUAUUUCAGUCAAAUGAAAAUCAUCUCUGAAAAUGUGCCCACUUACAAAACUCAUGAAUCUCUUACGUUACCUCAGAGAACUCAUGACAGUGAGAAGCCCUAUGAAUACAAGGAAUAUGAGAAGGUCUUCAGUUGUGACUUAGAGUUUGCUGAAUAUCAGAAAAUACAUACUGGUGGAAAACACUAUGAAUGCAAUCAAUGUUGGAAAACCUUUGGGAUAGAUAACUCCAAUAUGUUACAACUGAAUAUUCAUACUGGUGUGAAACUUUGUAAAUAUAUGGAAUAUGGGAAUACAUGUAGUUUUUAUGAAGACCUUAAUGUAUACCAGAAAAUUGAUAAUGAGAAGUUCUACAAAUGUAAGGAAUACAGAAGGACCUUUGGAAGAGUUGAAGAAGUUACUCCACUUCAAAGAGUUCAUGAUGGUGAGAAACACUUCGAAUGCUCAUUCUGUGGGAAAUCCUUUAGAGUGCAUGCACAACUUACUCGACAUCAGAAAAUCCAUACUGAUGAAAAAACCUACAAAUGUAUGGAAUGUGGCAAGGACUUCAGAUUUCAUUCACAGCUUACCGAACAUCAGAGAAUUCAUACUGGUGAGAAGCCCUACAAAUGUAUGCACUGUGAGAAGGUUUUUAGAAUUAGUUCACAGCUCAUUGAACAUCAGAGAAUUCAUACUGGUGAGAAACCUUAUGCAUGUAAGGAAUGUGGAAAGGCUUUUGGAGUAUGUAGAGAACUUGCUCGUCAUCAGAGGAUUCAUACUGGUAAGAAACCCUAUGAAUGCAAAGCAUGUGGAAAGGUCUUUAGAAACAGUUCAUCCCUGACUAGACAUCAGAGGAUUCAUACUGGUGAAAAACCCUAUAAAUGUAAAGAAUGUGAGAAAGCAUUUGGAGUAGGUAGUGAACUUACUCGACAUGAAAGAAUUCACAGUGGUCAAAAGCCUUAUGAAUGUAAGGAGUGUGGAAAGUUCUUUAGACUUACGUCAGCCCUUAUUCAACAUCAAAGAAUUCAUAGUGGUGAGAAACCUUAUGAAUGUAAGGUAUGUGGGAAGGCCUUUAGACAUAGUUCAGCCCUUACAGAACAUCAGAGAAUUCAUACUGGAGAAAAACCCUAUGAAUGCAAGGCAUGUGGGAAGGCCUUUAGACAUAGUUCAUCCUUUACCAAACAUCAGCGCAUUCAUACUGGUGAUAAACCCUAUGAAUGUAAGGAAUGUGGGAAUUCCUUUAGUGUUGUUGGGCAUCUUACGUGCCAACCGAAAAUUUACACUGGUGAGAAAUCAUUUGACUGAAAUAAAUGUAUAAAGUGGUUUUUUAUUUCUGAUUUUCACAGGAAAAAACUAUGGAUGGAUUUAAUGGGUAAUCAAGGCAAUUCAGUAUCUCCCUCUUUUAAGUCUGUUUUUAGACUUCAUGGCCAUUCUGUAUGUAGACGUAGAAUUGUUUAGUCAUAGCUGAUAUAUACUUAUAGCUUUGUUAGAUAUUGCCAAAUAUUUCUCCUUUUUAUGUUAAAAAGAGUUUUUUUCCAUGAGUUUCUCAUCCUGGCAUGUUUUGUUUACAAUAGCUUUUGAUGUUUGCAUUAUUGUUCUUUUCACUAUUCAGUUUUUUAAUUGUAAUAUUACUUCAGUAUCUUUUCUGCAUUGUAAUUCUUUGCUUGUGAUAUCUAUACUUAUUUUCCUCCAGAGAGUUAGAACUCCUAGACAGAGACAACGUAGUUUUACAUUCUUAUUGCUCUUCAUUUUGUGUAAUGUUCUUGUUUUGUUUUGUUUUGAAUGAUAGAAGUGUGAUCUUUCCAUUUUCAUCAAAUUGUUCACUUCUCUUUAAAUUUCUAUUUUAUUUUGAUACAACAUGUUCCCCCAAAAAUAACAUAUACAUAGGAACUGGUUAUGUUCCACCAUAACACACACACACACACACACUAUAUGUAUAUAGUGUAUAUAUACAUACAAUGUAUAUAGUGUAUGUGCGAUGUAUACUAUAUAUACUCACACGCACUAUAUAACACUAUAUAUACAUACUAUAUAUGUAUAUACAGUAUAUAUGUAUAUAUAAUAUAUACAGUGUGUGUGUGUGUAUAUAUAGUGUAUGUCUGUUAUAUUGGAAUAUAACCAGUUCCUUUAAGCAGUCUUUUUACCCACAGGCUGUACCAACCAGGAUCCAAAUGAAGAGAACUCUUUUUAAAUAUUUGAUAAAAUUACUCAUCCAAUAAGUCUGUUAAAAUUUAUCAUUCUCUUAAAUUAUCAUGCUUAAAUUUGUCAAACACCUUUAAAAGGGGAGGAAAAAAUGACCACUGACCUUACAUUAAGAGGAUUUACAACUACAGCUUCAAUUUUUUUUUAAUCUGUUACCGUUAUUUUUCUUUUUAUUCUCUCUCAGAGUUGCCUUAUUAGGUUUGGGCAUUUCAACAAUCAACAGACCUUCUUUGAUUUAACUAACCUCAUUUAACUCCAAAAUCAUCUCUCUCUUAGGACAGCUGACUUGGUUAUGCAGUCAGUGAGAUCACAAGCCACUGGUUAUUGAAUUUUUUUUUUUUUUUUAACUUUUCAUUUUUUUUGAGACAGAGUUUUGCUCUGUUGCCCAGGCUGGAGUGCAGUGGUGCGAUCUUGGCUCACCUUAACCUCUGCCUCCCGGGUUCAAGCUGUUUUCCUGCUCAGCCUCCCAAGUAGCUGGGAUUACAGGCACACGCCACCACGCCUGGCUAAUUUUGUAUUUUUAGUAGAGAUGGAAUUUCU